AACAAAAAGUUGGAAUCAUAUGAAAGAUUAGCCUAAAAUGUGAUAAAAGUUCGUGAAAAGUUAUGAUUGUGAAACUGAUUUUCAAGAGGUUGUUUUGAAAUCUCCUCUUAGACAGACACACACACCCCACAAAGCUGAUUGAUUGUUCUUUUCACUCAAGUUUCUCUCUCUUCUCUCUCUCUCUAAAAAGCUUUUGUAGAAAACAAGAGAGAAGAAGAGGGGAAAAAGAUAACCCAAUUUUAUGUUUUGGGUUUUCAUUACUCUGUUUUUCUUUUCCUUUACAAAGUUCAAUCUAUCCUCUCUUUUCGGACCCAUUUUGGCUUGUUUCUGUGACUCUGCUGGCUUGACGUGAAAGAAGAAGGAGACCCAUCUAAGGGAAGAGGGUGAAAAAGCAAGCCCUCGCUAAGAUUUGGAUAACAACUUGUUUCUGGGUUUUGUUUUUUAACUGUUGUGAGCAGCUUUUUUGCUCUGUUUUGAUUGAAGAUUUGGUGGAUUUGGGCGCUGGGUUCUGUGUGAAGGGAUUAACAAGAGCUAGCUGGCUUCUGUCGUGUCACUGCCUUUGUUCCUGUUUUGGUUGGACAUUAGAAGUGAAACAUAUUGUUGUCUGAAGUAUCUUUGUUUUACUGAAUUCCCUCAAAUCCAUGUUGAAUGACAGCCAUUUUUGGUGAUUUGAAAGCUCAGUGGAGGUUCUUAGUUCAAAAUGAAUUGAGAAAUCAUCUCUGCAUUUCGAUAAUGCACAUGUUUUUCUGGGUUUGGUCCUCAUUCACGUCUUUGAGCAGCAGUGGCAAUAUCUGCUUCUAGGAGUGUGAGAAUUGACUUUGUAAGAGUGUAAAUUUUCGACGAAACAACGCGGUAAUGAGUCGAGAAUCGAAACGGGGAAAGCAGGACAAAGGUUCUGAUGAUGCUCAGAAAGUGAUUGUUGCAGUGAAGGCUUCCAAAGAAAUUCCUAAAACUGCACUUGUUUGGGCGUUGACUCAUGUUGUUCAAAUUGGUGAUUGCAUAACUUUGCUGGUUGUUGUUCCUUCUCAGAGCUCUGGUAGAAAAUUCUGGGGUUUUCCGAGAUUCGCUGGGGAUUGUGCGAGUGGUCACAAGAAAGCUCACUCUGGAACGAGCUCGGAGCUGAAAUGUGAUAUCACUGAUUCAUGUUCACAGAUGAUCCUUCAGCUUCAUGAUGUUUAUGAUCCAAAUAAGAUCAAUGUGAAAAUUAAGAUCGUUUCGGCAUCGCCUAAUGGGGCCGUGGCCGCAGAGGCCAAGAGAGCUCAAGCUAGCUGGGUUGUACUAGACAAACAUCUCAAACACGAGGAGAAAUGUUGCAUGGAAGAGUUACAAUGCAACAUUGUUGUAAUGAAGCGAUCGCAGCCAAAAGUUCUUCGUUUGAACUUGGUUGGUUCUCCAAAGAAGGAACCAGACAUGCCUUCUCUGUUACCUUAUGAUAUAGACGACGGGUCCGAAAGCAAUCGAAAAGAAAACGAUCCUCUCGAUUUCAUUCGAGGACCAGUUGUGACUCCCAAUAGCAGUCCAGAGUUAGACACGCCUUUUACUGCUACCGAAGCUGGAACAUCAUCAGUGUCGAGCUCAGAUCCUGGAACUUCUCCAUUUUUCGUCUCGGAAAUGAACGGAGACAUGAAGAAAGAGGAGUUGUUUGUUAUCAAGGAAAAUAAAGAACUUGAUGCUGCUAGUUCAGACUCAGAUAUUGAGAAUUUAUCUGUUUCUUCGAGGAGUUUAAGGUUCCAACCAUGGAUGUCAGAACUUCUAAGCUCUCAUCUUCAAUCCUCUCAACACAUUGGAAGGCCACAAAGAUGUGAUGAUAGGAAUCAAAUGUCGACAAGAAAAUCUUCAAAACUCGACAGAGAAUCUAGCAUUGGAAUGUCGAGCCAUAUAAGCGACAAUGAUUUCCAUGGCGAUGUACGAGAUGCAGUUUCAUUAUCCAGGAACACGCCGCCCGGCCCUCCUCCCUUAUGUUCAAUAUGCCAACACAAGGCACCAGUUUUCGGAAAGCCUCCGAGGUGGUUCAGCUAUGCCGAGCUCGAGCUCGCUACAGGUGGAUUUUCACAAGCCAACUUUUUGGCAGAAGGAGGAUAUGGAUCUGUUCACCGAGGUGUCCUCCCGGACGGACAGGUGAUUGCUGUCAAGCAGCACAAACUGGCUAGUUCUCAAGGAGACCAUGAAUUUUGUUCCGAAGUCGAAGUUCUUAGCUGUGCACAGCAUCGAAAUGUCGUUUUGUUGAUCGGCUUUUGUAUAGAGGAGAAAAGAAGGUUGUUGGUUUAUGAAUACAUCUGCAAUGGCUCAUUAGAUUCUCAUUUAUAUGGACGACAACAAGAGCCGUUAGAAUGGUCUGCUCGACAAAAAGUUGCCGUGGGAGCUGCACGGGGACUACGGUAUCUCCAUGAAGAAUGUCGAGUCGGUUGCAUUGUUCAUCGGGAUAUGCGGCCGAACAACAUUCUUAUCACCCAUGAUUUCGAACCAUUAGUUGGAGAUUUUGGUCUUGCAAGAUGGCAGCCUGACGGAGAUACCGGUGUCGAGACGAGAGUUAUUGGAACGUUUGGGUAUUUGGCUCCCGAGUACGCUCAAAGCGGUCAAAUCACCGAAAAAGCUGAUGUUUAUUCCUUCGGCGUGGUACUGGUGGAGCUAAUUACCGGAAGAAAAGCCGUUGACCUUAACCGACCAAAAGGUCAACAGUGUCUCACUGAAUGGGCACGCCCCCUGUUGGAUGAGUUUCUCAUUGAUGAACUGAUUGAUCCAAGGUUGGGAAAUAGCUUCGCCGAGAAUGAAGUAUACUGUAUGCUGCACGCCGCGUCGUUAUGCAUCCGAAGAGAUCCGAACGCGAGGCCUCGUAUGUCACAGGUUUUACGGAUUCUAGAGGGCGACCUCAUCAUGGAUGCUAAUUACCUGUCGACACCCGGUUACGACGUGGGUAAUCGUAGCGGUCGGAUGUGGACUGAGCAGCAGCAGCAGCGGCAAAACUACAGUGGCUCGUUAUCGGACGAGACGCUCGAGAGGUUCAAUGAAAAGGCGUGUCUUGAGAGCUUAAGAUCAGGUGGUUACUGGGAGAGGGACAAGACAAGGAGGAGUUCAAGUAGCAGUAAUUUGUAAAGGGAUCAGCAUUCUUAGAACACACUACAAUACACCCUUUUGUCUGAAUUCUUUUGGGUAAUUCUUUUUGCUCAUUGAAAGCUUUUGUUUGUGUAUAGUAGUAGUUGUAGUAGUAAGUUUUGUAGGAAAAUAGUGUAGCAGCUAAGCCUGUAAAUCAAGGAAGCUGAUCUUUGGACAUAGAACUCUCCCUUUUCGCUCGAUCUCGACUGACAACUCCUAGCGAUGAAAACUUUGAAUCAAUUAGAUUGCAUUCUCGUGCUUGUUCGGUUGUGGUCGUUUAUGUAUUGAAUGUACGUUUUCAAACUUGAGAUGGAUUUUUACUUGGU